UGAAAAUCGAAUAUCUGAAAUCUAAGCAAAUCUAACAAAACAGAUUAUAUAAGUAUUCUGGAUUCCUGACUUGCCUACAAAAAUUGAGAGAAAUAUAAGAUAGAUAAUUCGUUAUAUAGUCAACGUUUUUCUUUUGUCAGCGACAAGGCGGAAGCAUUUGUUUACCUCGAUGCAGUAUACGUUUAGUCGUGGUACGCAAACGUUGACUCGUUUGCUAGCAAAAUUGUGAAAUAAGUUAUAUAGGUUUUGUGUUUUCGCGAUUAUUGUCCAUAUAGGAUUUUAUACGUGAUUAUAUUUGUGAAGAAUCUUUGAAAAUUUGUUAAUUACAUCUGUAAAGCAUUCUUCGCAAAUUCACAAGUGUAGCUUAAUUAUUGUGUAUGAUUAAAGUGUGUUUUUAUUGUUUAAAAAAUUUAUACAUAUAUAUAUAUAUAUAUGUUAAAAGACUGUUAAAAGACAAUGUCAGAGCAGAAUCGUGUAUAUCGUUACUUCGAAAAUUGUGCAUAUAAAGACUGUAUGAAUGGAAAACGAAAUGGAAAACGUUUAUAUAGAUUCCCAUCCCAGACUGAUAAUAGAUAUUAUUUAUGGAUACGUAACAGUGGUAAGUUUUUAUUUCACAUAAAUUUUGCGUGCAUUAAUAUUCUGGUUGUACAAAAAAAUCACAAUUUUAGAAAAGAUAAUAAAAUAUUAUAACAAUUUAUAUUCUUUUAUACUUAUUUUUUAUAUGUAUAUAUAUAUUUUUUUUUUCCUUUAUUCUUGAUAUUCUUUCAUUCAUUAGAUAUUUAUAGAAUUUAUAUCUUUUAAAUAUAAAUUACAAAAAUAUUAUAAUCAAAUCAUGUAUAUCAUAAACAAAUUGUCUUUACUUUUAUUAUUAUUUUUACUUGUUCUUUAUAAUAAAAAUUACUACUAAUAUAAUAACAGUCUUAAAAUACAAAUUAUUGUUUUCAAAAUAAUUCAAGUAUUUUUUAAAAUUACAUUUAUAUAAUAGAUUUUUCUUUAUAUUUAUCUUUAUAUGUUUCAAAUUACAAUGUAAUUUAAAUUAUUUAUACAAAAUUGAUAAAUGAUGAGCGUUUAAUGCUUUUCGCGUUUACCACUGACCCGGCCAGUUUAUUGUUAUUGAGAAACUUGUGUAGUGAGAAUCAAGCACGUGUAGCGUCACGUGACUUAUUCGGCGUUCUUCAGUUUUCUCUUCAGUCUUCACUCUAUUGUCAGCCGCGAAUGAGUGCGAGUGCAAAAGAAAUUGGCAUACAUAAGGGACGAUCAAGAAGGGAACCGCCAACAUACUGCCGAUGGCGACAACAAUGACGACAGUGGAUUUGACGGCGACGACGACGCCGUCGACGAGAAAUCCAACGCCGACGAUGGCGGUGGAUCCAACGGCAACAACGUCGCCGUCGACGGGAAAUCCAACGCCGACGACGGCAGUGGAUUCAACGGCAACGACGUCGCCGUCGACGGGAAAUCCAACGCCGGUGACGGCGGUGGAUCCGACGGCAACGACGUCGCCGUCGACGGGAAAUCCAACGCCGGCGACGGCGGUGGAUCCGACGGCAACGUCGAUGGGUAAAUCCAACGCCAACGACAGUAGUUGAUCCAACGGCGACGACGACGCCGUCGCCGUCGGCGGCUAAUCCAACGCCGACAAUGAUAACAUUAAGUAGAGAAGAACUUCAAGAAUUAAUAGCUAAUGCAAUCGCAGCAGCAAGAGGACGGGGAGGACGGGGAGGAUGGCGAGGACGGGGUCGACGGGGUGGACGGGGCGGACGAGGUGGACGGGGUGGACGUGGGACACGGGGACGAAAAAGAGGAGGAAUUAUUAACAAUAUAUAUCAUUAUUAUCAAUAAAAUAUUGUAUUUCUGAUAUAAUGUUUAUUUAUGUUUUAAUCCUUUUUUCUUCCUUUCCUUAUUUUUUCAAAUUA